AUGGCACUGCUCACCCACCUGCUGGCCUGCAUCUUCGGCACAGGCUCCUGGGUUGCCAUCAACGGGCUGUGGGUCGAGCUCCCGCUGCUGGUGACGGUGCUGCCUGAGCAAUGGGACCUGCCCUCCUACAUCACCAUCAUCAUCCAGAUGGCCAAUGUGGGGCCGCUCUUUGUCACCCUCAUGCACCGCUUCAGGCCCGGCUUGCUCAAGGAGGUGGCUGUUAUCUACGUGAUCGUGUCCACGGGUGUCCUGGCCUGUCUGCUCCUGGCCUUCCUGUGGAGUUACACAUCUCCCAUUGCUGGGGUGCCCCACAGCACCGCGUUCCUGGUCCUCACCUUCUUCCUGUCCCUUGUGGACUGCACCUCCUCCGUCACCUUCCUGCCCUUCAUGAUGCAGCUGCAACCCCAGUAUCUGACCAGCUUCUUCAUAGGUGAAGGGCUCAGUGGGCUGAUUCCUUCUCUCAUCGCACUGGGCCAGGGCUCUGGCAUUUCCAACUGUGUCAACGUCACCCAUGUGGUCAACAUCACCUCUGGCAAUGAAACUACGGAGGGCAGUGUCUUCCAAAUGGAGACCCGCUACCUCCCAGCCAACUUCUCCACCCUCGUCUUCUUCCUCCUCAUGACUGUAAUGAUGCUGGCCUGCUUGGUGGCCUUCUUCCUUCUCAGCAGGCAGCCCAAGAUGUGGGAGCUCUCGCAGCAGCACUUGUUUCCCGGCAGCAUCAUUCUGAGCUCAUGUGAUCAGGCUCCCGAGGACGGAGCUGGCUCCAGGUGUAGAGAAGUCUGCCCAUGCCCGGAGGAAAUCAAGCAGCCUGGGGAGGCCCGGCCAGAGAAGAUCUCCUACUCUCUGGCCAAGCUUGCCUUCAUCUACUUCCUCAUAGUCUGGGUGAGCUCUCUGACGAACGGGGUCCUGCCGUCCGUGCAGUCCUACUCCUGCCUGCCCUACGGCAGCACGGCCUACCACCUCUCUGCCACGCUCAGCUCCAUGGCGAACCCCCUCGCCUGCAUCAUUGCCAUGUUCCUGCCCAGCAGGUCCUUGGCCCUGCUGGGCACCCUCACGGUGGCGGGGACGGGCUUUGGUGCCUACAACAUGGCCAUCGCGGUGAUGAGCCCCUGCCCUCUCCUGCAGCAGUCCCAGUGGGGUGACGCCAUCAUUGUGCUCUCCUGGGUGCUCUUCACCGGGACGCUCUCCUACGUGAAGGUGAUGGCCGGGGUGAUCCUGCGGAGCCGCAGCCACAGCGCGCUGGUGUGGUACGGGGCCAUGGAGCAGCUGGGCUCCCUCCUCGGGGCCGUUCUCAUGUUCCCCCUCGUCAACGUUUACGGCUUCUUCAAAUCCGCCGACUACUGCAGCCUGCAGUGCCCGGCGUGA